AAAUGGGUGAUUUGUGAUCCAAAAACGCGCUUUAUAACUUGACUUUGCAAGGCACACGAGGAGGAUCAACACCUGGUGGAUUGUGUUAUGCCCACCAUGCGUGAUCUCUGUGGAUUUCUGGGAUGAGUGCCGUAUCUGAUUUGGAAGAACCAGAGCGCAGAGAGGAGGCGAUGAUUGCUGUGUAAGGCAACACUGACAGGUACUGUGGACUGCCUUCGGUGAACAGACUGACAUUAAGACACCACAUUUCGUCUACUGUAGUCUACGGAUGGAACAAGGGAUUUUAUUUAAACCGAUGGAUGAGAUUCAAUAGAUUUCUGUCGUUCAAGAUGGUCAUAGAAAACCUGCUGGAUUUUCCCACUGGCGUGUCGUUUUUCUUGCAUUAAACACGGUCCUUAUGAAAAUCGAUGGAAACAAAUAUGAGGAGACAAAUCUAAAACCAACGACCUUUUUAUUCGUUAUUAUAGCUAUUCGCCUGGCGAGUUUAUACACAAACUCCGGGACCUCGUCCAACACCAUAAACCGUGACGAAAAGAGAAAUAAGCAUUUUGAGAUCCGCACUGGGUUGUGAGGUGAAAUCUAAUCAGAUUCAAGAAGCCUUGGAUAUCGGGCAGUUUAAAGAAAAAAGUUAUACCUGAAUGCGUGACUAUUAAAACGACCAGCAUCAAUAUUUCAAUUCCAAGGAAUUUUGCAUAUACCAUACAUUUUGAAGAUAUUUCUGGAUGUUAUCUACGUGGAUAUCCUACAUGGCUUGCGAGGCGAUGCUAACUGUAGGGUUUCAGGACUGAGGAGAUUCGCUUGCGUUUUUCCUUCCAAAUAGUUCUGGCCAGAAAUGUGCUUUCUCAUCCUUAACGAUUUGUCGAUAUUGAUUAAUCAUCGAUACAAGACGUGCAUUGGACAACAUCUUGGGUAGCCUAGAGAUUUUCCUCACUAACUGCACAUUGGGGUGUCACUGCAUCGCAAGAUUAGUUUUAACUGUGGCACUUGUGGGUGCCUCGGCAUCACGUUGAAAAAAUAAAUUGGAAUCGAGAGAUGGAUAAAUUGGCAUUGCAAUCAAUGUCCCAGUGCUGACGUUCAUGAUAGAUGAUGAUGGAUUAAAUGUUGUUUCGUCUUGAAUAUUGGAACAACAUCUGAAGACGUGCUUGUCGAGAAAGUAAAACAACGGAUUCUGCCUAAUUGCCUGAGAUUUGCGGAUGUAUUAUCUAUGCAACGUGUUGGGGUGGGAGCUAAGGAAGAAACCGAGGCUGUUGAAUUCCGAUCUCAUUAAAAGAUUCACAUCUUCGGGGACAAGGUGAGCCAGCAGCCUACAGUGAGCAAAAACGAAGAUGGCCAGAAAGCACAGGCACUGUGAAUGAGCUGGCAGCCUGGCCCAAUACCACUACUUCCGAGGAGUGGACGACCAGCCAAUGAAUUAUGAAUGUUGAACAAGAUGACCUCCUCUCGGCAGCUGCAGACGAUGAGAGGUCCUAGGUGGAACCGGGCCCUGUCCGACCCUUUAUUUGUUCUUCUCCUGGCCCUCCAGCUACUGGUGGUGGCAGGCCUGGUCCGUGCUCAGACCUGCCCCUCAGUCUGCUCUUGCAGCAACCAGUUCAGCAAGGUCAUCUGCACCCGCCGCAGCUUGCGAGAUGUCCCAGAUGGCAUCUCCACCAACACGCGAUACCUGAACCUGCAAGAGAACCUCAUCCAAGUCAUCAAGGUGGACAGCUUCAAACACCUGCGGCACCUCGAGAUUCUGCAGCUUAGCAAGAACCACAUCCGGACCAUCGAGUUAGGGGCCUUCAACGGGCUGGCCAGCCUCAACACCCUGGAACUGUUUGACAACCGCCUCACCACCAUCCCCAAUGGGGCCUUUGAGUACCUCUCCAAACUGAAGGAGCUGUGGCUGAGGAAUAACCCCAUAGAGAGCAUCCCCUCUUAUGCGUUCAACAGGGUGCCCUCGCUACGGAGGCUGGACCUGGGGGAGCUCAAGCGCCUCACAUAUAUAUCAGAGGGGGCCUUUGAGGGGCUUAGCAAUCUGCGCUACCUGAACCUGGGCAUGUGCAACCUGAAGGAGAUCCCCAACCUCAUUCCCCUGGUGAAGCUGGAUGAGCUGGAGAUGUCAGGGAACCAGCUGUCUGUCAUCCGGCCUGGCUCUUUCAAAGGUCUCAUCCACCUUCAGAAGCUGUGGAUGAUGCAUGCUCAGAUCCAGACCAUAGAGAGGAAUUCGUUUGAUGACUUGCAGUCCCUGGUGGAGCUCAACCUCGCCCACAAUAACCUCACCUUGCUUCCCCAUGACCUCUUCACCCCCCUGCAUCACCUCGAGAGGGUGCACUUACACCACAACCCCUGGAACUGUAACUGUGACAUUCUUUGGCUCAGCUGGUGGCUCAAGGAGAUGGUGCCGGCCAACACCAGCUGCUGUGCCCGCUGCAGUUCACCCUCCAGCCACAAGGGGCGCUAUAUUGGAGAGCUUGACCAAAACUAUUUUCAUUGCUAUGCGCCCGUGAUCGUGGAGCCCCCAGCAGACCUGAACGUGACGGAGGGGAGCGCGGCGGAACUGAAAUGCAGGGCCAGCUCUCUGACCUCCGUCAGCUGGAUCACACCCAACGGCUCCAUCAUGACCCACGGAGCCUACAAGAUCCGCAUCUCCGUCCUGAACGACGGCACUCUCAAUUUCACCAACGUCACCAUGCAGGACACGGGCACUUACACCUGCAUGGUGAGCAACUCGGCGGGCAACACCACGGCGUCGGCCACGCUCAACGUGUCGUCCACAGACAGCAGCUUCAGCUACUUCACCACGGUCACAGUGGAGACCAUAGAGCCACCGCAUAAUGAGGGCCAACCCACUGUGCAGCUGAAGGUGGGUCCCACCGCCUCUGCCGGCUGGGAGUCGGUAUCCUCCACCUCCACCACGACCACCACCGUGCGGACACCACUCUCCACCAGGGCCACGGAGAAGACCUACACCAUUCCUGUGACGGAGCUGGGGGGGGAGGGCUCCCUCAACGGGCUGGAUGAGGUGAUGAAGACCACCAAGAUCAUCAUCGGAUGCUUCGUGGCCAUCACCCUCAUGGCGGCAGUCAUGCUGAUCAUAUUCUACAAGAUGCGCAAGCAGCACCACCAGCAGAACCACCACGCGCCCACCCGCACCAUCGAGAUCAUCAACGUGGAUGAGGACUGCGUGACGGGGGGUCCAGCCAUGGAGAGCCACCUAACGCUGCCUCCACUGGAGCAUGAGCACCUCAACCACUACAACACCUAUAAGACUGCUUACAACCACGCCUCCACCAUCAACUCCAUACACAGCUCGGCGCACGAACCCUUGUUAAUCCGGGCCAGCUCUAAAGACAAUGUACAAGAGACCCAGAUAUAACACUCCUUUUCAUAAUGAGACAAUAUUAAACGGAAGAAAUGACACACCUUAUGGACUUUAUUGACUGUUGGUUUGUGAGGACAAUUGUUAAGAACUGUGUAUGGCUAAUCAGUGGUUGGUGGUGUUUAUUCAAUGACUUUGGGAACUAGGGUAUGUCUACUGUUUCAAAAAGUGUCUUUACAAAAACAGAAGUUAUUUAUUUAAGAAAAAAAUCUAUUGUGGUUUAAUCAAGAAAAAACUGUAUUCUGCAAUUAUUUUUUCAGCACUUAAUUAAUCAUACCUUUCGUUUUUUCUUAGGGCGGUUUACUAAUAUGCUUUCAAACUAUAUGUGAAGGACAUGCUACAGUAAACAUCCAUCAAGUACAAAUAUUCAUUUCUGGUUUUGCCCUCGAUUCUGUCUAGUACUGUAUGUGAUAGAAACCUCUUUUUAACCCACAGACUAAGCACUUCAGAUUUUGUCAGAGAUUUGCUCCUGACACAAAUUAAUUGAUGGAAUCUUUUGUGACCAUCUGUUAAUUUAGAUGGAUUAAAAGCUUGGUGUUUAUCUGAGGGUGAACGCCGGGACUGUCAGUGAUGACAUUUUAAAAAUAACACAAUAUUUCAUUAAAUCUGCCACUCAAACACAUUGGACACAGCUGUACUGUGAACUCAGAGCUUACCACCAAUCCUCUGGAGACUAUGCAGGAAGGAAAUGAGAAUCUAAAUAUACUGUAUUAUGAGCCAAUGCAAACUGAUGUUUUAUAAUGCAUUUGGUCUCAAAUUGAUGUCAUACAACCUGUUCUGAGAAUUUACCUUUAAUACAAUAUAAAUCAUUUUUAGACAGGCCCUUUAGCAGUUCCACAAACUGCUUUAUCUGCAUGGUUCUGUCACAUACAGUAUGAAGCUUUAGAGGAACAUGAACCUCCCUACAACCCCUCAUCCCUGGCGCUGUGCUUGCACAGCGACGCAGCAUGCAGCAGGCCCAGGAUCUGGGGCAAGAGGGGAAGACCCUGGCUACAGCUGUCUGAGCACAUUGUCCGUCAUCUGGGUGCCAUUCACAUGUGGGUACAUCACCCCCUCCAUUCACACCAGGGCCGUGCCAACAUCAGAAAGGAGAGAAGAAGGUGCCAGAGCUUGUGCUGUGAGAGGCUGUGAGAGGCUUUAGAGAUGAAGCACGUGGUGCCAGGCAGCAAGCAGAUGUUCAGGUUGCACCUGCGUCCCAUUGCUUUAGCGGUAACGCCAUUUCCAUUUUAAUGGAGGCACCCACAGGCUUUGGGUGGACACAGCCUCAGGCUCACUCAUUCCCUGGAUACUGUUCAAAGCCCUUGUGGUGAAAGUGGCCUCGUAAAUAAAGAGGCCAAGAAGGUACCUUUCACAUCUAAGACUUAGCCAGAUGCCCCAGGUGUCUCUUUAAAGAUUAAGUGAACUGCUGAUCUAUAUAUUUUUUGCUCUCGCUUACUCCCUCCAGAAUGUCAAACAUCUAAGAAAGGUUAGGAAUCUGUCCAUAUUUACUUUGUUCUGUUUGUAGUUCAUGAGUAAUGCUAUGGUAUCAAUAGUCUUGAAAGAUGGCAAAGAAUGAAUUCAAACCAUUCUAUUUUGUAUGGUUGUCACAAAAAAACUGAAAAUAUAAUCUAUUGCCAUUGAUCAACAUCAGGCAGAGGGCCAAAAUUCCCUGAUGUAUAAGUAACUCCAAUCUAAAACACACUGGACCAUUAUGUUUAUCUGAACUUAAUUUGUAAUUUAUUUAAUCACGUGGUACUUGAUUUCUCUAUGACAUUCCUAAAAUGAUUUGCAAUACUGUAGAACUUCACCGUAAGGCACUGUAGACAUGUCACAUGUCUGCAACUUAGUCACAUGCCUGACAGUUACAGAUAUGGGCUUUAGCAGUAGUAAACAAUGUUUUCACUCCUUAUGUGUGGCUUUUAGUCAGUGUUUGGGUUGACAGUGCUGGGGUUUGAUCUAAGUAGCUUGAAAUGACAGUCUAUUCAUCAUUUACUUUUUGUGUCAAUGAUUUGUUGACAUUGAAUCAAACCAUCUCAUCUUAUGUGUACAGUAUCUUUUGUUUAGGUGGGAGCAAUAUUCUAUCUUUUCUUUUUUUUUUUUUUCUUUCUUUUCUCUGAGAGGGAAUGCUGUUCUAGUGGUAGAUUUAUAUAAAAUACAUUUUGAAAAUAAAACAAAAAUAAAAACAAAAACUUUUUAAAUUUGAUUUUACAUGUGCCAACAAACUGUUCUAAAAGUGACAAAGAAAAACAUGGUGUAAAAGAAUAAGAAAUUGAUUUUCAUGUAAGCAUA